CGAUUGUCUUACAUUCUCAGGAUUGCCCCUUCUAACAAUUCACAGCUGCUAAAUGCAACAUCGUGGUGACGUAUGUAGACAGUUUUAACUCUGUUUUAGCGUCCGCGCAAGCCAAUGCUGGAGCAAAUGGGAUAUAAAAUAAGGUAGUUCCCGGGGUUAUAUUCAAUCACAACAACUACAUCUAUCCUACAUGUCAAACAUCACACUCGAACCUGCUGCUCAAAAAUUUGCAGACGCCACGUCUAAAGAGCCUUUCCUCUUCCAACUUUCGCCUGAGGAAGGUAGAAAGAUUUUUGACGAUGUUCAGAAAGAAUCAAUUGCCUACAAUGAUGGCAUUCAAAGCGAAUUGAUCAAAUUAUCUGAUUUUGAGGUUAAAUUGAUUAAGCCUAAAAAAUCUUCCUCAACCAAAUUACCGGUAGUCUUUUAUGUUCAUGGAGGCGGUUGGGUAUUUGGUUCUCCAGACGGAUUCGGUAGAUUGUUAGGAGAAAUCUCAAAAGGCGUUAAUGCUGCUGUGUUCGCAAUUAAUUAUACUCGUUCUCCCGAGGCAAAGUAUCCAACUGCUUUAGACCAAAUCUGGCAAACGUUACAAUACAUCACUGAGAAUGGUGAUAAGCACAAUGUAGAUACAAGCAAGAUUGCUAUCUCGGGCGAUUCAGUAGGCGGCAACAUGUCAGCCAUAACAGCAUUGCGCGAUCAAGGCAAGCAUUUGUGUGGUCAAGCAUUAUUGUACCCAGUAGCAGAUUUUUCCUUCGAUUCUGGAUCCUAUCAUGAAUUUGCAAAGGGCUUUUUCCUGCAACGUGAUGGUAUGAAAUGGUUCUUCGAUCAAUACACCGGUGGUGUGAAUGAAAGUUCAGAUGACACAAGAAUCUCUGUAUUGAGAACAAGUAAAUCUGACUUGGCCAAAGCACCUCCAGCCUUGAUCUUAACUGCGGAAGCAGAUGUCUUGCGCGAUCACGGUGAACAAUACGCCAAUAAGUUACGUGAUGCUGGAGUUCAAGUCACCAGUGCUCGUUUAGGUGGAAUCAUUCAUGACUUUUUAUUGCUCGAUCCUCUUAAAGAUACAGGUGCAGCCAAAGCUGGUCGCACACUUCUCAUUGCUCAAUUGAAAGAGUGGCUUGCCUGAACAAGUAUCUUUUGCACGGCCAUGGAUGAUAUGGUAUUCUUGAAUUCCAUUAGAUUAUCGAAAAGAGAUGGUCUUACGGUGAAAAUUUUCAAGAAUCAAGAAUUUGUGCCUCGUCGGUACUUUACGAUAACCAGUCAAAAAGAUAGCUUUUCAUCGAAUACGAAAUCAUUAAAUGCUCGUGGGAAAAUGUACAUAUUCAUUUUGAAGCUUAAUGAUAACUUUGCCCGUAGCUCUGUUGCUCAUCAAAUGGGCAAAAGCAUCUAGAGACUUUUCGAAUUCAUAUUCAGAGUC